ACCUCUUUGACAGCAACUUAGAAUUCAUAAAAAGAUGUCUUCAUGAAAUGAGUCCUUAGGUGUUAACCAGCAAUCUCACCUACAAGACGACUUUGCCUUGAAUAUGGGACACGUACUUUUGACACGCAAUACUAUCGAACGGACUUCGGAAACUUCUAAUGCUUCGCUUUCCGAGAAUGUACGAGAUCGAAACCAACCAGUGUGCAAGCGAAGAAAACUUGUUCAGGCCGCUGAAGAUUGCGAGCGUUCCUAUACUGCUGUUGUUGAGAAUUACUGUCUUCAUGGUAUCGAUUUCAGUACUAGCUUAGGUAUUAUUAUUUUCGCAGCUACUGUGGUACCAUUCUCCUGCGUUCGCAUGACUUAUAGCAGAUACGUCAAUAGAUGCAAUGCAACCUAUAUUCACUUCAGAGGAAUUACAUGUUCUAUCUUGGCUGGAUACUUUUCUUUUGCCUCACUGUCCUGCAGGUGAUAAUAAGCAAGCUUUUACUGUGCCCGAAAAUCCCUUGCAGAAAUUACCUGACCUUGCUUUGGAUCAAUCAUUUCACUCAUGCAACUCGAACGACACUACUAUUAGCCUUCCAGACAUCUCAAUCUCGUCAUCUCACUUUUGGCCGUUUCUGUAUGUAACUGAUGAGGAGCGAUGGCAAGCAGUGUUGAAACGUGAUAGCGAAGCUUGUGGUCACUUUGUGUAUUGUGUUAGGACGACUGGCAUAUUCUGUCGCCCAACCUGCCCUUCCCGGCGACCUCUUCUGUGCAAUGUUUUGUUUUUCCUGACUAAUGAAGAAGCAAAGAGCGCCGGUUUCCGACCUUGUAAGCGAUGCAACCCUCAAGAUCUAGUUUUACCAAGUGACUUUAGACAAAUGAUCGCUGUGGAAUCGGGCAAAGAAGAGAUUAGGGUGGCAGCAAAGCAAGGUAAAAAAAUGCCUUCUUUGCGUUAUCUAGCUAGCAAAGUUGGUAUGAGUAGCUUCCAUUUCCACCGAGUAUUCAAAGCUCGAACAGGAGUGACUUUGGAGGAAUUUCGCAAAUUGACAUUGGCACAAAAAGGUCUUACGACACCACAUUUUGAUACUACUCAAUGUAGCUUAUGAUAAUUUUUUCAUCUCCUCUAACUUAAAUUUUGGCCUACUCCCUUUCAUUCUAUUCUUUGAUGUCUUCCAGUUUGCAGCUUCCCUGCGAAUUUUGGUAACGUAAUUUUUCACUCUCAGUUAACAAAAAGAAAAUGUAUAUGGACAUGAAUAGACAAAAAAGAUCGUUUGAAAUU